UCCCGAGAAAUGGUAUAAUAUUAAGAUAUUACGACAACGGAAAGACAGACCAACAGAACUCUCAUAUCAAACAAGCCACGCGUGGACUCGUCGUCUAUAUAGCCAUGUCGGCAUUAAGACCUCUAAGGCUAGUCAUGCACCUCGUGUUGCUGCUACGCAAAAUGCCGAUAUGGCUGGCGUUCCUGAAGCACAAAUUAGACGUGCUGGCAGAUGGAAUAUGGGAGACUCAAUGAUAGGCUGUUAUCUCACAUCGCUACCCUACGCGUUCAUGAGAGCCUCUGCCGAGUUAAUCCAGAAGGCAAUACCUGCAAUUGCAGAGAAAGUCCGUGGAGUUGAGGCUGGAAUCUAUAGUCUAAAGAAGACUGUAGAGACGGAGGUUUUAUCUCUUAAAGCAGAAGUCACGAGGCUGAAAGACGAGAUCCAAGAACGCAACAAGGCUGAGAUCACUAUAGUCACAACUAUCAGCCCUUUCGGCAGAACACAUCGUCAGACUGUUCGAUGCGAACAACAAGAAGGUAUUCCAACGUCCUCACAACGAAGGCAGUCUUCAUCCCCAGAGACCAGAGCCCCGGCAGCUACUAGAGCUCCAACGGCCAUCACGACAACAACAGAGUUACCUCCACAGAUCGGAUUCCCACGAAAGUGGCGGCUACGUAAUGAGAGGCAACUCUUUUCUACUCGCAAACGGAUCGUCGAUGAGGUGGUCUCUCGGUCACAGGCAAACGGCUGGUCAGAAGAUGAGUCGGCGAGACAGCUGGACGAGGAGAGAGGGCAACGCUCAUUAGAUUGGCUUUUUAAGCAGCUGUUGGAUUGUGACCUCGGGUGGCGGCAUAAAUAUCGCCAUCAAAGAUGAAAGUUGCCACCUAUUGCCACUGGCUUAGCAAGCAGCUUCUAGUUGAUUCCACAUAGCUCAGAAAAGGCAUAAAAAGCUUGCUCUGAACCCUUAAGAAAAAAGGGAACAACCUUCUCAAUUAAGAUCAUUUGAUCAAUUACUCAUGCUAUUGCAUAUAGCAAAUUGCGUAUCCAACAGCAGCUUAAAGAGCGUACAGGCUAAAAUAAAUAGCUCCUAGAUCAGA